GCGGGAAUUUGGGGGGCACCGGGUCCCCCCCGGCUCUGCGGGAGCUGAUGGUUCCCGCCUCAUCCCGGCACGGAUUUUUCGCUGGUUUCCGCUGGUUUGGGAAGGGUUUUGCUUCGCUGAGGGAGCCAGGCAGGAGGGAGCUCUCCUCAUCCUCAUCCUCCUUCCCAGACUUUGUGCAGGAACAUCUCCGCCGGGGAAAUAAGGAACAUAAGGGAACGUAAUCCUGCCAGAAGCCUCUCCCCUGUUUAUUUUCCUCUUCCCACAUCCAUGCUGGCAACUUGGGGGAAUAAUUUAACAUAGAGAUGAGCCGGGAGAGCAGAGGCAGUUGCAGAACGGCGUGAAGGUAACCUUGAGCUGAGCCCUGUAAACCCCGGCCUCCGUCAAGGCAGGAUUAAAGAAACUUUGCUGGCAAUCCAGAGCUGGGAAUCCCAGCCUGGCCCUGGGAAUUACAGCCCCGGGGUGCUCCCACACAGCCUGGCCCCGGCCCACUGCACCUGCUCAUCUGGUGGAGAUUUCUUGCCCUGGGAGUGAGCUGAAAGCGGUUUCCUUACACAAAGGGUCCCGGGCAGCAUUCCAGGCUCCAGGCGCGUCCAGGCACCUUCCAUCCUUUGUCUGAAGGGGCAGCGGGGCCGUUCCCAUCCCAGCGAUGCCUGACGGAGCCGCUGCCGCCGGGAGCGAGGAGCUGUGGCAGCCGAUCGGCUUUCAAAUCACCUUCAAACCUCGAUUCCCUUAACAUGAUCCCUCCAUCAGCGCGGUCCCCGGGGCGCAGCCGGGCAGGAAGCCGUCGGACAGGGGGAAAUCCCGGGAUAACGGCGGCACCCGGAGCCGGGCGGUGCGGGGCAGGAGCGGCCGCGAGAAGGAGGAGGACAGAGCCCGGUACGUCGGCUGCUACGAGGACAACACCCGGCAGAGGACCCUGCGCGGGAUGUCCUUCUUCGACUACAAGAAGAUGACGGUGUUCCGCUGCCAGGACAACUGUGCCGAGAGGGGGUACCUGUACGCGGGGCUGGAAUUCGGGGCCGAGUGCUACUGCGGGCACAAGAUCCAGGCGUCCAACGCCAGCGAGUCCGAGUGCAACAUGGAGUGCAAGGGGGAGCGGAGCAACACCUGCGGCGGCAUCAACCGGCUCUCCAUCUACCGCCUGGAGCUGGCCCAGGAGUCCGCACGCAGGUAUGGAAGCGCGAUAUUCCGGGGAUGCUUCCGCCGGCCGGAAAACGUCUCCAUCGCCCUGCCCGCCAGCCAGCUCAUGCUCAACAUGUCCGUGGAUAAAUGUGUGGAUUUCUGCACGGAGAAGACAACCGCUGCAUGGACAGGAGGUUCCUGCCCAGCCGUGCCAAGCAGUUGGUGGCCCUGGCCAGUUUUCCUGGAGCUGGGAACACCUGGGCCCGGCACCUGAUUGAGUUGGCCACCGGCUUCUACACUGGCAGCUACUACUUUGAUGGCUCCCUGUACAACAAAGGAUUCAAGGGCGAGCGGGACCACUGGAGGAGCGGGAGGACCAUCUGCAUCAAGACCCACGAGAGUGGGCAGAAGGAGAUCGAGUCCUUUGACUCUGCCAUCCUGCUCAUCCGCAACCCCUACAAGGCCCUGAUGGCCGAGUUCAACCGCAAGUACGGGGGGCACAUCGGCUUCGCCGCCCACGCCCACUGGAAGGGCAAAGAAUGGCCGGAAUUUGUGGCUAAUUAUGCCCCGUGGUGGGCAACCCACACUCUGGACUGGCUGCGCUACGGCAAGAAGGUGCUGGUGGUGCACUUUGAGGACCUCAAACGCGACCUGUUCGUGCAGCUGCAGAGGAUGGUGGCCCUGCUGGGUGUCACAGCCUGUGAGGACAGGCUGCUGUGCGUGGAGGGACAGAAGGAUGGCAACUUCAAGCGCUCUGGGCUGAGGAAGCUGGAGUACGACCCCUACACGGCCGAGAUGAGGAAGGCCAUCAGCGGCUACAUCCGCACCGUGGACGCCGCGCUGAAGCUCCGCAACCUCUCGGGGGUCCCCGAGGAUUAUUACCCCAGAUGAUGGUGACCACAGCGGGGGGACGGCGCCCAGGGGUGGCUCUGUCCUCCCAGAUUCUGCCUAAUUCCACCCAGUGGGUGGCUCCUCUUUUAACCCUCCAUGUGCUGCUGUAGCUGUCGGUCACUCCCUGCAUGAGCCGCCGCAGGUCCCCAGCCACUGCUGAGCUUUUUUUUGGCCAACCUGGGGACAUGGGUGCCUUCCCUGCUCCCCACAGGGUCCCCUGCUCCUGUUCUGGCUGCCCCAGCCCUCUUGGGAAGGGCAGUGGGAUGUUUGUGUCCCCUCAGGCUCUCCUGGGGACAUUGAGCUGCUCAGGCCCUGGUGUUCCCAGAGCUGAGCUCCUUGGGGUGGGUGUCCCCGAAUUCCCAGCCCUGCAAGGAUUCCACUUGUCCUUGGAUGGAAUCUUCAGCCUUCCCAAGGGAGGAUGGACCAAGGGUGUGGCACUCUCCUGGAUCCUGCCUGAGGUUAUGGGAUGGCAAGGCCGUGCUGUGCAAUGUCCCCAAACCUGCUGACUGUGGCCCAUGGAGCCAUCCUGUGGCUCCCUGAGAAUUCCCUGGAAUUCCCCAGCCACAGCACCAGGCAAAGUUGCUGCUCCAGCCCUUUGGGGGGGCCCAUGACCCCCACCAGUGUGGCCACAGGGGGAAGCUCCCCUUCCCUGUGGAUGCAGCUCCAGAGGGGGAAAUUUCCCUGGAGCUGCUGGGCCCCACGAGCUUGUCCAGGCCUUGUUUCAGAACCCACGAGCCACAACAGCCCCUCAGGAGCAUUUCUGGGGGGCCAGGAGCAGUUUGGGGGACUAAAAGCAAGGUUCACACUGUAACCCAGCUGCACCCAACCCCUGUGGGGAGCAAACCCUGGGGCUGAGCUUUGGGGGUGCCCCAAAGCCAAACCAAAGGAUCCCACACACCGGGAAUGUGCCGAUUUCCCGGCUGGCUUUGUGCACAGCUGCAUGUGGUCCCUGGCUGUCCCCUCAUCCCACGCCACCCUCCCCAUCCUGGCUUUGUCCCAGAUGAGCUCCCCCAAGGCUCCCAACCCGCAAAACCCCUUGGAUGUAGGUGCAAAAGCCAUAUAUUGUACGCAGCCUUUUCUAGAGUUAGAGAUUCACCAGUUGGCUUUUAACUCUUGAUCCUGAUAGAAACACAGGCACAGGUCGAAGCCAGAGACCCUGCUUGGUCUCUAUUUCCAAGAGAGAAGAAAACUCCCUGGAGAAAAAAGGAGAAUUUCAAUAAAAAUCUAUUUUUCUAAAGUGUGUGUGGAGCAGAGCUGGGCUGCUCCUUGUUUUUUUGAAGAAGGGGGGGGAUUUCGAUCAGAGGGAGCAGCUGCCCCAUUUUUAACUCUUUCAAACUCUUUUUUGACUCUUUAACUCUUCCCUUGACAAGCAGCUGGAGGUUUUUAUGGGAUUCCUGGCAGUGGGAUUGGAGCUGAGCCCACUCUUCUUUGCUCAUGGCAGCCUCGAGGUUGUCAUGUCAGAACAAACCCUGAGGGUAACCCAGCAAUUAAAGGAGAGGUUUUCUUGCUG